CGGUAGCGGUUGAGGGUUUUUUUUUUCCUUCUUUAGGGAAAGGAGGAGCUUGCGAGGUAGGGUUCGCGGAGAGAUUCUUCGUUCGCGGCGCAGCAGCCGCUCUCCUUCUUUGGCGAGCGAAAAUGUUUGGCCGCCCGCCCAAAAAGAGCGACAAUUCUAAGUACUACGAUAUCUUGGGGGUUUCCAAGAGCGCCUCCGCGGAUGAAUUGAAGAAGGCGUACAGGAAGGCAGCUAUCAAGAACCAUCCCGACAAGGGAGGCGAUCCAGAAAAGUUCAAGGAAAUCUCGCAAGCAUACGAGGUGCUCAGCGAUCCCGAAAAGAAGGAGAUUUAUGAUCAGUACGGCGAGGAUGCGCUCAAGGAAGGAAUGGGCGGUGGCGGUGGCCACAAUCCAUUCGAUAUCUUCGAUAGUUUCUUCGGUGGCAAACCAUUUGGUGGAGGAAGCUCUAGAGGUGGAAGAAGGCAACGAAGGGGCGAAGAUGUGGUGCAUCCUUUGAAGGUUUCUUUGGAGGAUCUCUACAACGGGAGCGUGAAGAAGCUCUCCCUUUCUAGAAACGCAAUAUGCUCGAAAUGCAAAGGAAAAGGUUCCAAGAGCGGGGCCACGAGCCGAUGUGCCGCUUGCCAGGGAUCUGGAAUGAAGAUUUCCAUUAGACACCUGGGCCCGUCUAUGAUCCAGCAAAUGCAGCACGUUUGCGGCGACUGCAAAGGAACAGGAGAAACAAUCAGCGAGAAGGACAAGUGCAACCAGUGCAAAGGCAACAAAGUUGUCCACGAUAAGAAAGUCCUCGAAGUACACGUUGAGAAGGGAAUGAUGCACAACCAGAAGAUUACCUUCCAGGGAGAAGCGGACGAAGCACCCGACACUAUUACUGGAGACAUUGUGUUCGUGAUCCAAGUGAAGGACCACCCGAAGUUCAAGCGCCGAGGGGACGACUUGUUCUACGAGCACACCUUGACGCUGACUGAAGCACUCUGUGGCUUUCAGUUCAUUCUCACGCACCUCGACGGGAGAAGCCUCCUCGUUAAGUCGACUCCGGGAGAGAUCAUAAAGCCAGAUCAAUUCAAAGGCAUUGACGACGAGGGAAUGCCGCACUACCAGAGGCCAUUCAUGAAGGGCCGGCUGUUUAUCCAGUUCCAUGUCGACUUCCCGGAUUCGGGGAGCCUUUCUCCGGAGCAGUGCAAGAUGCUGGAGACGAUCCUGCCUCCCAGGCCGACGAAUCACCUGACGGACAUGGAGCUGGACGAGUGCGAGGAGACAACACUCCUGGAUGUAAACAUCGAGGAGGAGAUGAGGAGGAAGCAGCAGCAUCAACAGCAGCAGCAGGAGGCUUACGACGAAGACGACGAGCCUUCGGGACCUCGAGUCCAGUGUGCCCAGCAGUGACCACCGCGAGCAAAAACACGAAAAAAGAUUGGAGGAAACGAUUGAGCGUUAGCAAGAGCACUAUUUAUUUGUACUAGAUAUAUAUACACGAUUUUAAUUAGCAAGCCCAA